AUGAUGACACGCAUCCGUCGAUGCGUGGACGACGGCUCUACCUGGCCGACGGUGACGCUGCACGAUACGGCAAAAGGUUGCGGGCUCGAUCAAGCGGAGCAGGUGCGUUCACGCACGACGCCUGGCAGCACUCGGCAUCCGGUUAGGCUGGGCGAGCGUGCACCGUUGCGCGCGGGCAAAGGCUGGAGGAGCCAGAUGCGAUGGGCCCUACGGCGAGAGAGCGGACGACCCCACAGGCUGGUGGCAUCGGCGCCGUGGUUUGUUGCCAGCUUCGACGCUCGAGGGCCUGCAUACGGCUGCCGGCAAUGCGCCACUGGUGCUGCACGGGCCCACCCGAGCAAAGUUUCUGGUGGUACCAGCGGCGCCCGCGGAAGCACCUCGGCACGUCGGCUCAAUGAGCGGUCCUCUGCCCCCCCGAGCGCCACCGGCGUGGCGGUCGAAAUCUACGAUUCAUCCGCCCGCCACGGCAGGCCAUUCGCUGUAACCUUGGGCGCGCGCCGAGAACAUGACCAGGUUCCUACACGUCAAGCACCGCACGUCAGGCACCGCACGUCAAGCACCGCACGUCAAGCACCGCACGUCAAGCACCGCAACGUCAAGCACCGCAACGUCAAGCACCGCAACGUCAAGCACCGCACGUCGAGCACAAGCACCGCACAUCAAGCACCGCACGUCGGCCACGCCGACCGUCACAGCCACCACAUUGAAUCGACACCUUUGCGACCCCACCAAACUACCUACAGUACUUGCCAGCACACCUGCAAGCGCUCGCCGCCCAUCAGCAGGACCGCCUCCCCACUCGACAGCAGCACGCACAUGCGUGGCGGUGGAAGCUCCAAGGAGGAAGGGUGCAAGUCGUCUGCGCAGCGCCGUGCCGCGACGGCGUCCCGUACGCGCAGAGCACCCGAGAGCGGUGCGGACGGUGGUGUGCGCGCGCAGGCACAGAUGCGGCACGCACUCGGCUUGGUGCCCCCGCGCAUCCUCGUCGGCCUGCCCUUUCUUGGCCGCAGAUCCACCGGGCGGAAACGGCGAGGCCAGGGUUGGAAGCCAAGGCACACGCGGAGCACUUGCACGAGGCUCGACGAGGUGCGCGCAUGGCCCGACGGGCCUGGGUCCGUCUCCUCGUCCGACCGUUCCGACGCAGGCGAGCGGAGAGGGCCGGACGGAAACGGGAAUGGGCACGGGAAUGGGCAUGGGCGUGGGAAUGCAUGCGCCCGAGAUGAUGCUCGAGCAGACCCGCCGUGUGUGAGCGAGGACCGCGGAGACAACGGAGGACCGCGGAGACAAUGGAGGACCGCAAGCGACACCAUUGCCAGCGCAUGGAAGACUUGCCGCGACGGGCGACGAGCAGCACUGUUUGCACCAACAGUACGAGGACUUUGCACCGGUGCUGAGGCGAGCAAGUACUGUACGGUACUCGUUGGCGUGCUGGACCACGGAAAAGUAGCUACUAGGUUCGUACCUACACCUUCCAGCACACCUUCCAGCACACCUUCCAGCACACCUUCCAGCACACCUGCACCCUACUGCAAGCACGCAUCGACACCGAAAGCGUCCCAUUCGAGCCCACCGGGCCCAAGGCAAGCUUGCUUGGCGGCCGGGGGCUCGGGCUGGGCCCAACCCUACCCACGCCAGGGGAACACCACGACGCUGCGGGCGCAACCUGACGCCCCGUCGGAUUUCGGCUGCCGGGCGACGCCUCUUCUCCGUCCACUCGACGUGACAUGCGUGGACGAUGGAAUGCCCGUCGUGCCCGUCGACGGUUUUGAACGAGUGCCUGCCUGGAAGGGCGGAGAGGGCGGCGUCGGCCUCGGUCGCCGCGCAGGGGCACCUGCGGCCUACCAGGGCGAGCCAGUAAUUGCAGCGCAACCCAACCCGUAA